AUGCCAGAGUAUGAAGUCAAGGAGGAGGAGAAGGCAAAAAAGACGUUGGAAAUGGUUGAAUUUUGUACAAACCUCCCCACUACGGAGGUGGAUGAAGAACGGGGUUCCUCAAACUCAUCUCUUGAAAUAAUUUCUUCUGUCGAAUUGGAAACAGAUCCAAACCUCCAAGAAAUCCCUACCAUAUCUUCUGAUGUAAACAUUGAAUCUGGAAGGCCAUAUCAGGUAAAGUGUGAUGGAAGUUGA